UCAACUUCUGAUGUGAUACCUGAUUUGGAACAUUCACACUCGUAUAAGAAUUUCAUAAUUAUAUUUAAUCAUUAAGAAAAUUUACGCCAAUUAUUUGUCAAUUCAGGCCGUUUUCAAAGCACUGAAGACGAUUAAAAUUAUUUGCAUAAAGUAGAUAAAGAAGUAUUUGGGACAAUACCAAUAAUGAUUAUGAUUUAUGUAUUUGGCUUCCAAAACUUCCAGUCUUGACCGUAACUGAUGAAAGUGAUUCCAGACGCACGUGCCCGGAGUACUGAAAUUGAUAUCAUUAGCUUAUGAUGUACCUACAGCAAAAACACCAGAUUUGGUAUGGUGAUUAUGUUUGGUGAUAGUUUCGGUUGGAGUAGUGAUGAAUGCAUUGGUUUUUCUUAACUGUUAUAUGCAUACCUUUUAAAAGUGAAAUAAAUGCAGAUCGAACAGUAAAAUCCACAAAUAAAGGACAUGUCUAAAUACAAAAAAACGCCUCAACUAUUUACAGAGAAAAUAAAGUUUAAACUAUUUUCAAUAUACCUUGAAGCUAGUCAGCUUUUGAUUUUCCAAUGUGUAUUUAUAGUGUAAACAUAAGAUUGGUUACGGGCGUAGAGUUGGGGGAUAUGUUUGUUAUUGUAGAUGUCUAAUUUCAGUGUAAACAUAAGAUGGGUUACGGGCGUAGACGUGGAGGAUAUGUUUGUCAUUGUAAGAAUCCAUAUCGAUAUCCAAGAUGGAUAUCUCCUCCAUUCCAAGGUGAUGACGUAGAACGAGCGACUGACGAAGAAUACAAAAAUAACUUUGAAUGUGUAAAAGAUGGACAACUUGGAGUGCUCCCUGUUGUCGACAAGACAGAGCAAGUAGUCGUAGAAUUUGGCGUAGGAGAUAUUAACGUUAGAAAAAGAAGAUCAUUAAACGGGUCUGAACCGAAUGUUGUAAGAAGUCGAACGCUAAAAUCAGUUGAUGUGGAUAAUCGCACGUUGAAAUUGGAACAGUCUAACAGAUAUUCGGAAAAAUUACAAAAAUUGUUUGAAAAAAGACAAAAAAAAGAGAGACUUACACCAAUCUAUUUAGAAGAUAAGUUAAGAAAAAGGAGAAAGAGAACAGUUAAUAGUGGCGAGAGAUCCGAAUUUGAUCAGAUGAGGUUUGAAAAAAUGAUAAGAAUUUUUCGACAGAAAGCAAGUAUCAAUAAGGUUAGCUGUAAAACAUCAGCUCCAAGUCUAUUACAUCUACCAGGAGACGUUGCCUAUGGCGUCGACAAACAAUUUGAUUACCAGGGAAGAACGGCACUUAGACUUGCCCACUUCCUGAGUAACUUCUUACAAAAUGUUCAAGCUAGCGACAACUUUGGUAAUCUAAGAGGCGGUGGACGGUUACAUAUGGAACAAAUGUUUGGAGAGGUAAUUGCCAAUGUAAUGGCUGAUCAUAAAAUUCUUUCUUGUGGGCUUUAUUUCGAACCAUACACGUUUGAAAACCAAGAUGGUUCCAAAAGAGAAAUGUUUGGUCCUUUUGCUUACAUGCAAGAUGGGCGUGCUCUUGCCCUUGAUACUGCUGGCAAUCCCAGAAAAUACAUUUAUGAAGAUUUUUAUGUUAAGAUGAAAGCUAACUGGAAAACAAAUUUUGAACACCUACAGACGUAUAAGAUGAGACCAAUGGUUAGGUACGAUCCUGCUGGAACCAGUCAGAUUCGAUUUGAAUACUUUCCUAUGCGUUACAAAGCACCUGCAUACUACGAUGGCCAAUGGUCACAUCCAUAUUUCAGAUGUGAUGGAAUGGUGGAUGAUUGGAUCAUGACAUAUUCGGCUCCAUUCUUUAAAAAGAAUUACAUCUCAAAUAAAAUAGAAUUCGCAGGAGUUAUAACGGUAGAUGUUCCACUCGACAAACUGGAGGUAAACCAGUGUCCGCAACCAUUUUAUGUUGCCAAUGCAUUCAAAAAUACAGCUAGAUGUCAUACAAAGUCUACAAAGUGUAGACCACAAGCAGGCUUCAAAUUUUCGCGUGGAGCAUACCGAUGUGAUUGCAAACAAGGACACGAGUAUCAAAUUCGUGACGGGAAAUUCUGGAUUGAAGGUUCCCUUAUUGAACUUGAGUAUGAAAAGAAACAAAAGAACCUGUUUAGCAGAUUUGAUCAAUUAAUCUGUCGAAUAUCUGCAGCUCCUAGGGUCAUGGGAUCAUUUACAACGGCAUUUAUGGUUACGAUCUACAGUCUUGUAAUGCUACACUUGUGAGGUAUCCAGCGAAAGUGCUAAAUAAAAAAAAUGUGUAUGAAGAAAAUGUAUUUACUAUGGAAACACUGUUUGAUCCCUAUCACAAAUUUGAGGGUAAUACACAAAAUGUGUUUUGAAACUUGAAUUCAUCAAAAGAGAAACCAAACAAGACCAGACUUAAAAGCUUCUAUAGGAAGUGAUUUAAUUUAAGUUUGUUUAAUUUUUGCAGUUGAUAUAUAAUGACAAAUAUUUGCAUUGUACAUAAAUCUACAUUCUCAUAUCACAAUAGACAUUUAUAAGUCAUACAUGUGUACAUAUUUCAAAUGCACCAGAUAGUUACCUCCACGGUGUUUGGUUUAUAGUGACCAUGGCAUCUGUUCGUUGUCUGCAUUUUUUUUAUCCACAACUUCCUAUUUAACCAUUGUUUUGAUCACAACAAAAAAAAAUCAAACCAUCCGUAGAAC